AUAGUCUGAAACAAUUUUCUGUUUGCCGUUUAAACCGCGAACGGUCUCUCUCUCUCUCUCUCUCUCUCCCCUCCCUUUUCAUGUUCCAAUUUGUUCCCUUUCAGCUUUUGCCACCUUCCCACCCACCACCCAAAGGCGGCCUCGAAUUCUUCCUCUCUACCUACAUUUUCCAAAUCCACAAACAAAAAUUUAUAGACAAGUCGAUUGAUAUACAGAUUUGUUAUUAUAGUUAUAUGUAUAUACAACAAUAUUGAUUGAUGGAUCUCGGAAGAAGAGGAGGAAGUUUCGUGGUUUCGGGUGCGGUGUUUGUGUUGGGAUUGUUACUGUUUUUUGCUUCAUCGAAUUUGGUUUCAGCCAAUUUCGUGUUCAAUGUGAAGCAUAAAUUUGCGAAACGUGAAAGGACAUUGGAUGCUCUAAGGGCCCACGAUGACCGCCGUCACGGCAGAAACCUCGCCGUCGAUCUCUCCUUGGGCGGCAAUGGCAAUCCCACUGAUGUCGGGCUCUACUACACUAAGAUUGGCAUUGGGACUCCUCCAAACGACUAUUAUGUGCAGGUAGAUACGGGAAGUGACAUUCUGUGGGUGAAUUGUUUUGGUUGCGACAAAUGUCCUACAAAAAGUGACCUUGGUGUAGAACUGAGACUUUUUGAUCCAAAGUCCUCCACAACUGGAUCAUUGGUUACCUGUGACCAAGAUUUUUGCGUCGAGGCAUUCAACCCUUCUGAUUGCAAGGUUGGAUCAGUCUGUUCAUAUGGUAUUACUUACGGAGAUGGGAGCACAAGUUCAGGAUACUUUGUCAAAGAUAAUAUACAAUUGGAUCGAGCUUCCGGAAACCUUCAAACUACACCCAUGAAUGGUAGCGUAGCAUUCGGGUGUGCAUCUAAGCAAUCUGGUCAGCUAGGUACUUCUUCAGCACUUGAUGGUAUCCUUGGUUUUGGACAAUCAAAUUCUUCCAUGUUAUCACAGCUAGCAUCGGCUGGAAAGGUGAAAAAAAUUUUUGCACAUUGCUUGGACGGUACUAAUGGAGGUGGAAUCUUUGCUAUUGGACAAGUGGUGCAGCCAAAACUGAACGCAACUCCAAUUAUCCCAAAUCAGGUACAUUACAAUGUCAUUUUGAAGUCAAUUGAGGUGGGUGAUGCUGUUCUACAACUUCCAUCAGACGGAUUUGACACUGAUUCUGGAAAACCGAUGAUAAUGGAUAGUGGUACAACCUUGGCAUAUCUUGGGGAUGAAUUGUUUAACCCACUAAUGAAAAAGAUUUUGGCUGCACAACCCAAUUUGAAAUUGCUUAGGUUUCAGCAGCAGUUCACAUGUUUUAAGUUCACUGGCAAUGUUGAUGAUGGAUUUCCGGCUGUCACUUUUAGUUUUGAGAAUUCACUUUCUCUGACUGUUUAUCCUCAUGAAUAUCUGUUUCAACAUCGUGAUGAUGAGUGGUGUAUUGGCUGGCAGAAUAGUGGGAUGAAAUCGAAGGAUGGAAAGGAACUAAAUCUUUUGGGAGAUAUGGUCCUAUCAAAUAAGCUGGUUGUGUAUGAUCUCGAAAAUCAGACAAUUGGGUGGAGUGAAUACAAUUGCUCUCUCGGCAUCAAAGUGAAGGAUGAAAAAUCUGGAAAUGAUUAUCAAAUUGGUGCCAAAGAACUUUCUUCGGCUUGUAGUAUGAAUACAGGAUGGACAUUAACAUUAUUGUCGCUAUUGGCUAUCUUGCACAGUUACCUGUAAUGAGUUGUUGGACAAAGUAGAAUGGCGGUGGCAUUAAUUGAUUUUUGUAUACCAUACAAUUUCAUUUUCUAUUUAUGUUUUAAUGAAAAUGUUAUAUGAUUCUUUGAUA